AUGAACAUCACCACCACCACAACAGAACCCUCCACCUCCACCCUCCCCCAACCCGACAUCUACACAGCAAUAUCCCUCCUCUCCAUCUCCACCUUCACCUGUCUCCUCCUGUACUACCUCAUCUUCGACCUCUCCUUCUUCCUCCCAAACCCUCUAAAAGCAUCAACCACAACCAUCCUAACAACCACAAUAACAACAACAACAACCCUCCUCUCCACAACCUUCACAACCCUCCUCCUCUUCAACCUCCCCCCCAACAACCCCGCCAUCCGAAUAACCUCCGCCAUCCUCCUCGUCCUAACCACCACCACCUCCAGCAUAUCCAACACCCUCCUGCUCUACUUCUCCCUGCCCCUAAUAACAAUCCACCAAAAACCCUCCGCCUACUUCCACCUGAAGACCCAACGAUUCCUUCUCUACGGCAUAAUCGCCUCCAUCCUCCUCUUCCAACUCCCCCACGUCAUCGUCGCCCCCGCUGCAGCCACCCUAUACAAGAAUGGCCACUGGUCGCAUGCCGUUACCAUCCUCGAGCGCAUCUCGGUGACGGCGUACUGCGGGAGGGAGAUUCUUCUCCUGGGGUGUUAUGCUUGGGGUGUGGUGAGGUUUCUUCGGCCGGUUGUACACUACCAUUACCAGAAUCAAUAUCAAUCCCACAGGGGAUAUGCGAACGGGAGACAGUUACUCUACACCCUCCUAAUGGCCGGCUGCAUCUCGCUCAUCCUCAACAUAGCCAAUAUCGUGGCCGUGUAUGUGGUUCAUACCGCUGCGGCGAUGGCUUUCUUCCCCUUUGUGGUUAGUACGAAGGUCCUGGUUGAGGGUGUUGCGGUGGGGAGGCUUGUGGGGUUUGUUGGUGGGAAGAGUUCUUCUCUUCAGUACUACUAUCAUCAGCAAAAUAGUAUUUAUUCGGUUACUGGGUGUGGAAGUGGGAGUCAGUCGAGGAGGGGGAGUAUGCAGCCGCUUAUUAUGCAGAGGGGGUCUGUGGCGAUGAUGUCUGGGGGGGUGGGGAGUAGUGUUGGGGAGGGUAAGGAUGGUGGUGGUGGUAGUGAAGGGGAAGGAAGUCCUGGGGGUACUUGGGGGAGGGAAAAGGAGUGGUGGUAUAGGAGCAGGAUGGGAUCUGUUGAUACGGUGGUGUCUGUGGCGGAGCCGCCGGUGGCUCAUUCGGCGGAGCAUUUGGUGCAGGAGGUGGUGGAUUUAGAGGGUGGUGCUGGAUGUGGUGUUAGUCGGCGGACGUCGGUUGUAUAA